GACCAAAAUUGGCUUGGAGGAAAAGAAAGGAAGCAAGUGAAGCACUUUCAUCAGGAAACUCAAAAGAGCAACCAGAAAUAUAGCGAAGAACAGAGAAGAGAGAGAGUAUGGAUGCCAAGAUAACUGAGCUUUCUCAGACCUUCGAACGAUUCAAAGCAGCUUCUCUCCGCAAUGAUUUCGAUACUUGCACUCGUCUCCUCUCUCAGCUCAAGGUAGCGCUGACAGAAUUCAGAAGCCUUCCACCAUUGCUUGAAGCAACACCAAAUGCUGUUCAUGAAUUGACCUUAGCAAGGGAAAUUUACGAGCAUGCCGUUGUUCUAAGUGUCAAGAUGGAGGAUCAGGACGCAUUUGAGAGGGACUUCUGCCAACUGAAACCUUAUUACACUGAUGCCAGGGAUCGUUUUCCACCAUCUCAGCAAGAGUACCCAAUCUUGGGUUUGAACCUGUUGAGGCUUCUUGUCCAGAAUAGAAUUGCAGAGUUUCAUACUGAAUUGGAGUUGCUUUCAUCUGCUGCCUUGGAGAAUCCUUGCAUCAAGCACGCCAUAGAGCUUGAACAAUCUUUUAUGGAGGGUGCCUACAACCGCGUUCUGAGUGCUAGACAGUCUGUUCCUCAUGAAACUUACGUGCACUUCAUGGAUUUGUUGGCCAAAACUGUGAGAGACGAAAUUGCUGGUUGCAGUGAAAAGGCGUAUGACUCCCUUUCACUAAAUGAUGCACGGCAAUUGUUGUUGUUUUCAUCUGACAAUGAUUUGCUUGAGUAUAUCAAGGAGGAACAUUCCGAUUGGGAGAUCAAAGAUGGAUGUGUGGUUUUCCAGAAGUCAAAAGAUUCUGCCCCAUGCAAGGAGAUCCCAUCACUGCUACUCAUCAAUCAAACCCUCAGUUACGCUAGGGAACUCGAGAGGAUUGUGUAGUAGAGCUCCAAACCAUACUAUUUUCAUGCGGCAAUCAUGCAAGAAUCAUCCUCUAGUUGGUGUAGGCAGGAGAAUUCGAGCACUUGAAGGUGCAUAUGCACACAUGCUUGUAGGAGUGAUUUGUGCUCAUUUUAGUAUUACAUUGGCAGAUCAUGUCCUUCAAUUUACAAAUUCAAUUGGAUUUCAGCAUUUUAUUUGCUUUAUCUGUUGCUCUUUCAGAACUUUUUAGUAUAUUGGUUGUUUGAUUAAA